AUGGCACUACCUACAAGCGGCCUUACUGUGUACCACAACCCGCAGUGCACCAAGUCGCGUAAAUCUACCGCUUGUCUCGAAGAAAACCAGGAACAAGGCAACUAUCAAGUUGAAGUUGUAAAGUACAAAGCGACGCCUCCUUCUCGCGAAAGGCUUCAAGUUCUCGUUGAAUAUCUGGGUAUGAGAAGCGACUCGCCAACCAUCGAACGACCAUGGAAAGAAGACCGUCCUUGGGACUACUUGCUCCGACCUGAAGCUCAGGGCAAGGCAACGUCUUAUGACGAAGCUUUCGACAUUAUUGAAAACGAUCCUGCCAUGCUCGAACGUCCAUUCGUGAUUGACUGGGAUCGCAAGAUUGCAGUGCUUGGACGCCCGGAUAUCAGCCGUGUUGAAAAGCUGGUUGAGGACCGUAAGGCUGGCAAGUUGUAA